AUGAUUACUCCUCGUUUUAGUUGCGGCCAAACGGACGAAGCGGUUAUUGUUUCGUUAUACUGCCCAUCUAUCCGUGCAGCAGAUGUCGAAAUAAACGUCGACGAGACUCUAGUCACUAUUCAUGUUAAUCCAUAUUUUCUGCGACUCAAUUUUUCUAAGCCUGUGCUGGAAGAUGAUAGUUCAUCGGCUCAGUACGACCCAAGUACUGGAAACCUUACCGUCACCUUGACGAAAGAAAAUAAAGGAGAGCAUUUCGACGACCUUGAUCUCCUCGCAAAAUUGCUGGCCCCGAGAAAGACUGUCUCGGAACCACCUUCGAUUGAAGUAAUCUCGUCUGAAAGCCUUUCAGAAGACGAACUGACGUCCAAAACCGAGUCCCUUUCGAUCGAAAAUGAUGAAUUCAUAAAAGCCUCCGAGAAUGAUUGGCAAUUACCCCAAGAGAUCCCAUCCCCGUUGCCACCUUUGAACACAUCCGCGCAAGUUCGCUAUGGAUUCUUAAGUAUACAUUCAGGCUAUCUGAAGUAUGCGAGCCACACCGAAAAUGAGGUCAAUGAACUUGGUGAUGACGCUGAAAUAUGUACCAAAGCCGAACGCCGUGUUAAGAGAGUGAAGCAUGAGGACGAUAAGUGGGAUGAAGAGCACUACAUGGCAGACUUCGUCGACGAUGAAUACAUUCAAGAAUUGAUCCACUGGCCACAUCCCUAUAUCACCUCCCAUGAUCCAAUUGUGUACACGGAAAAAGAAAACUUGGCGAUGUUGCGCUUGCCUCGGAAAGAAUAUCUUGCGACGGAAAAUCAGACUCACGACUUGUACUUGACCCUUGUCACAUUGCUCUUCUCUUAUGCUUAUGAUUCAAGGACUUCGCAGCUUGACCCUACCCCAGAAAGCGCAUGGACAAUUUGCAGCUUGACACCUGCAUUUACGGCCUUGGACCCGCCGCAUUCUUUCCGCUACAAGGGAGGCCCUCAUGUUUUCCCGGCCGAUGAAUUGGAGGAAGUACUCGUACCGUCUUACCGGCGCUCCCUGGCUUUCCCCUUGUAUCGCUCUUUUGCAUUGGCCGAAAGAUGUCGGCAAGAUGUGGCUAGUUUUUUAGCCAAAGGAAAAAGAAUGGUCAUUAGAUGUCUUUUGGAGAUGAAAGACAUACUGGACCAUCAUGAGGUAUAUUACAUAUAUAGCAAAAUCUGGCUAGACGAUUUCUGUGUAUGGAUCCAAGCCGAUGCGAGCGACGAAACUUUAGACCUCUUGGGGAAAGCCUUAAUGGAGGUUAAAGUCAGAAAAGUUGCCAUUGGAUGGGGCCUUCCAGAUUUUGAGCAAGCAGCGAAAGAGGCACUUCAAGGAGAGAGAGAAAGUGACAGUGAUGAUCAGACCACGGAUUCUGACGCAUGA